GCCGGGGGCGCAGGGGACUCUGCAGCCGGGCAGCGCGCGGCCUCGGGCGCGGUGCGGCGCGGAGCGGAGCCGCAGGGCGGCGGCGGCGGGAGCGCGGGGCGUCCGGUCCCCUCCGCCCGCCCGGGAGCAGUGGGGAAGUUCGCGCUGGCAGCAUGGGGCGGUGACGCCGCACCGGCCUCCCGCGCCUGCCAGCCGGGGAGAGCAGGCGGCAGGAGAAGGAGGAUGCACCCUCGCCGACGGCUCGCCUCCAGGGGCCGGGGCGCAGGCAACUUGCAGAACAAGGAGUAGCUUGCUGGCUUUGAACGCGUGGCAAAUAUUUCAGAAAGCUUCAAGACCAAGUUGGAGGACAGAACAGUUAUUCUUACAAAUUCAUCUGCUUCAGUUAUUAUUCUUAUUGGGAAUGGACCAUGGAAUGUUCUCUAGCUUUAUCAUGAUCAAAAACCUCCUUCUCUUUUGUAUUUCCUUGAACUUAUCCAGUCACUUUGGCUUUUCACAAAUGCCAACUAGUUCUGUAAAAGAUGAGACCAAUGACAACAUCACAAUCUUCACCAGAAUCUUGGACGGACUCUUGGAUGGCUAUGACAACAGACUGCGGCCUGGGCUGGGAGAGAGGAUUACGCAGGUGCGGACGGACAUCUACGUCACCAGCUUUGGCCCAGUGUCCGACACGGAAAUGGAAUAUACCAUAGAUGUGUUUUUUCGACAAAGCUGGAAAGAUGAAAGGCUCCGGUUCAAAGGACCUAUGCAGCGUCUCCCUCUCAACAACCUUCUUGCCAGCAAAAUCUGGACCCCGGACACAUUCUUCCACAACGGGAAGAAGUCCAUCGCGCACAACAUGACCACGCCCAAUAAGCUGCUGCGGCUGGAGGAUGACGGCACGCUGCUCUACACCAUGCGCUUGACUAUUUCUGCUGAGUGUCCCAUGCAACUUGAGGACUUCCCAAUGGAUGCCCAUGCUUGCCCUCUGAAAUUUGGCAGCUAUGCAUACCCUAAUUCUGAAGUCGUGUAUGUCUGGACCAAUGGCUCCACUAAGUCUGUGGUAGUGGCAGAAGAUGGCUCCAGACUGAACCAGUACCACCUCAUGGGGCAGACAGUGGGCACCGAGAACAUCAGCACCAGCACAGGUGAAUACACAAUCAUGACGGCUCAUUUCCACCUGAAAAGGAAGAUUGGGUACUUUGUCAUCCAGACCUACCUUCCCUGCAUAAUGACAGUGAUUUUAUCCCAGGUGUCUUUUUGGCUAAAUCGAGAAUCUGUCCCAGCCAGGACAGUUUUUGGGGUGACCACAGUGCUGACAAUGACAACACUCAGCAUCAGCGCUCGGAACUCCCUGCCCAAAGUGGCCUAUGCCACCGCCAUGGACUGGUUCAUCGCUGUGUGCUAUGCUUUUGUCUUCUCUGCGCUCAUUGAGUUCGCUACAGUCAACUAUUUUACAAAGAGAGGCUGGGCCUGGGAUGGCAAAAAAGCCCUGGAAGCAGCCAAGAUCAAGAAAAAGGAACGUGAACUCAUACUAAAUAAGUCAACAAAUGCUUUUACUACUGGAAAGAUGACCCAUCCCCCAAACAUCCCAAAGGAACAGACCCCAGCAGGGACUGUGAAUGCAUCUGCAGUCUCUGUGAAACCUCCAGAAGAGAAGACUUCUGAGAGUAAAAAGACCUACAACAGCAUCAGCAAGAUUGACAAAAUGUCCCGAAUUGUGUUCCCCAUUCUGUUCGGCACUUUCAACUUAGUUUACUGGGCAACGUAUCUGAAUAGGGAACCUGUGAUUAAAGGGGCUGCCUCUCCAAAAUAAGCCACUGUACUCUCUAAGUCCCAGGAAGCCAUACUUCCCUUGAAAUGGUACCAAGGAGAGGCUGAGCUCAGAAGGACUCUUCGUAUUUGGACACUAUCUUUCAGGAAAGUUUUGCAUGUUUAAUAAUAUGUACAAGUAAUAUUGCCUUGAUGUUUCUACAUGUAACUUUAAAUGUUUCGAAGAUAUCCCAUUGAUAAAGCAAACAACUUUCUAGAAAAACAGGAGGCAAUGAUUGACACCCAGACACUCAGUAUCUUGACAUUGAUAGUUUACAAACAAGAUAAGUAUAUUUUUAACUGUUCCAAGUGUUACCUAAAAAUGUUUUUUAUACUUCAAAUGUCAUUUCAUACAAAUUUUCCCAGCAGAUAAAUAUUUUAGGAAAUGCUCCAUGAUUAUUACUUGACCAACUACCGCAAGAAACAAAGAUCACAGAGAGCACAUUUUUCAGUAAAAGGUAACAGUGGACAUUUAUGUCCAAAAUUAAUUGCCUUUGAUGAUUCUUCCUGUUCUGAAGUUAGGAAAGUACUGCAUGAACCGACAUUAAGAAAUAGAGUAGGCAAACAUUUAUGCAGAUGAAUUUAAUAACAGAAAUACAUAGUAUGUUAGAUUAGCACAUCAAAUAUUUCACCAAGGAAAAAUUUAACUGCUUAAAAAUUCAUUUCUUUUGGAAAUGGAAUUUAUUUCCAGCCCAGUCCAGACCCUCCAGUAAUUAAAACGAUGGCAGAGAUACUAAAAGAAAAAGUGGCUUUAUGAUACUCUUGGCCUUUGACCACAUCCUGCACUCACUGUCUCCGGAACACUGACCGCCUCUCGCACCGGCGUGUAGUGCUUCAGUGGUGAGAACUUGUAAUUGAGUAAUUUUGCAUUUUAUUUCCAUGUCCGUAUUUCAUGAUUGACUUAUUGCUCUGUUAGCUUUUGUAUAUGAAUCUUAAAUGUUCAUUAAAAAAUAAAAAUGAACUGAUUUUGUGG